GCCAUUUAUUGCUAUUGAUUGUCUCUACGACUUUGUCCCAUUUCCUAGAAGUGCUGAAUCUCCUCGAGUUAAUUCUUAAGAUCUUUUUGUUGUCAAAUGUACCAUUAAUUCAAUGUACUAUCAUUUACCAGUGAUCAGGAAACUCAAUAGUUCGUUGUCGCUAAGUUCGUAAAAGACGAUGAAUGAAAAACCUCUAACUCAAACUUUCGCAGGACGACAUCAGCGGCCUUCGCCACCUGUAGAUUAACAUUACUGUGGAGAACAAAACUUCGUUUUGAUCAAAUUUUACUAACCACAUAACAAAAUUACGAUGGACUCUUAGAAAAGCAACAGGGCUUUUGUUGUUGUAAAUAAACAGUGAACAGACAAAGGUUUUGAAAAAAAAUUAAAAAAGGGCUGACAUAACUCUCUGAUGAAACUAAUGCCUUCCCUCAAGACUUUCAAAAAGUCCACCAUUUCUUCACUUCGCGUUAACCGAACGUCAUUUCUUUUUUCAUUUUAUGUUUAUUAUUAAGCAAAUGUGUAAAACUUAAAUACUAACUAUCGAGAGUAGACGGUAACUGUUCGAUCAAUAGUAGUAGAUACUGACGUUGAACAAAUUUCUGACUCAUAACACAGCAGGCGUAAUCUAAACAAACGCAAUACCGUUGCUUGGUGCUUUGCACAACGUUAUCCUUCCAAAAAAACAAUUAUGUUUUUGUCGCCAAUUUUGUUAGUAUAAGAAGCCUACUUAGUGGCCGUAAUUCUAGCAUAGCAGCAUGGUAGUAUCAUAGUCGGGAGAACGGUGUAUCUACCAGUCUACUUUUCGAAAAAAAAAAUACUAGUGGCUAAUACAACGCGUACAACCUGAGAGUGUUAAUUGUUGAGCAUUCACAGAAGACGCAUGACUGAUUCAGUGGCACCCGGGGAUUCCGGUAAAAAUGUGAUCAAAAUACAUCCAGACUCGUUGCGGCUUGCAGCCGUAUACGACUUUAGCUCGUCCAUGGUCAUAAUUCUUUUCGGAGCACCGAUCGGCUGAUGGGUUGACAAAACAGCUCGUUUGAAAGCGGCAAAAAUGUCGCUGGGUUUUCAGAAUGCAACUGUGUUUUUGUGCGCAAUAUUUCUUUGUAUGGUAAUGAUGUUUGAGACCCAACGAAGAAUUAAACUGUGGGUUGACGUCGCUGGCCAAGGCCUUGUCGUAGCGAUGGCCGUACUUAGCCGUCUUCGAUCGCUAGCCAAUAUCGUCCGCGUGGAGAAAAACCAGCACCUGGUAGCCGCGAGAAGCUCGCUGGUACUAAUGAACGCAAUGGUGCGUCGGAUAGACAUGGUUUCGAAGCUUCUGGCACCACUUUUUGUAGGCCCGAUCAUGGCGCGUUGGGCACCGUAUUUCUUGCCGGCUGAAACGUCGUCAGUGUUUACCUCGAAUACUGUCUUUUGCUUGACUUAUACAUCAACGUGCCGAUCUUCGCACUUAAAUAUCAUUAGCAAGGAGUCUGUAAAAAUAAGCGAUUGCUCUAAUAGUUAUCAGGAGAACGUGAUGAAUAUAAGAAACUACUUAUUCAAACUAUCACUCAAAUGGUACCUUCGCAGACGACAUGCGGCCCUUCCUCAUAGCCUCCUCCCCUAUAAGAUGCGUGAUUAUUUGGGAGGAUGGAUUCGAUUUCUGCAACACCCUGUCUGCUUUGCAGGAUUGGGACUGACCCUCACGUUUAUGACCGUGCUCAUGUUCGACAGUAUUACCGUAGGUUAUAUCUAUAAGCAAGGUAUCUUCGAAGCUGUUGUGGGCCUUGUGUCUGCUGGUACGGGAUUUGUAGGUAUAUUUGGCACACUGGCCUAUCCAUGGCUACAACGAAGCAUCAGACUCGAACGUACGGGUCUCCUUUUCUUAAUUUCCUGCAUUACGCUAUGCGUCGUCUCGAUGUUUGUCAACGGGAGCCCCUUUGACCCCAUGCUAAUCAGACUAUUCGGAAACGAUAUAGCGAACUUUAGACGUUCCCUUGGAAUUCAACUGCCGACAGCCAGCUCGACUUCAAUAGAAAAAGAAGAGUUUACCAGUGAAACAAUUAUGUAUUUUGUCAAUGACAAAACGCCCAUCGACGAUGAAGGUUCGGCGCCACGUUUACCAUCGUCUGAAUAUGAAACAAACUUUGUCGCUCACGAGACGAACCCUUCCUUUGUGAUGCUCAUAGCAGGCAUAUGUCUGGCAAAAUUUGUGCACUACUGUUGGAGAAUAGCACAUUUAAAAGGCUAUCCUAUUGUUGCACUCUUAAUCCAGGCCUUUUCUGCUUUUGCAAAUCUCUGGAUUGCUGACCUGGCGGCAAAUCAAUUUUUACAGGAAUUAGUAGAUGAUGGCGAACGAGGUUGCAUCAACGGUGUCCAACAAUCUAUCAGUGUAUCAAUGGGAUUACUGAAAUUUACCAUGAUCACUUUUAUGCUACUUUUGCAUUAACUGCUGUUCACGUCCCCUGGCAGAGCAAGAAGAUCGGAGCACCCCCAUUACUGAAGUUGUCGAUAUUACCCACGUUGAUGAGCUACUUAGCUCGGUACAAGUCGUUCGUGAAAACGCGAAUUCUGGCGUAAUGAUAACGGAAGACAAAGACGAUUCCAGUAUCACUGAUUCCCAAUUACAUUCUAAAUGAUCACACAUGAAUCAGUGACCACUGCUAAAACUUGUCAUCCCAUGUACAGCUCUAAAAUGAAGACCCUUGUCUUCGAUGUUCCUCGCCGACAUCUCACUCAAUCCAUACUCACAAUAAACCACAGGUGGCAAAAAUAUCUGCAGCGGAAUUGCUCCUUCACUCAUUCCUGCAAUUCAUCUGGCGUAUUCCACGCAGUCGUCGCUUAGCUAUAUUUUGCUCAGUGGUUUGAAGUUGGAGACCCAGCCAAAAAAAAAAUAAAGCUUUUUUAGCCAUCAAUGUACAGAGAUCGUUUCCAUAUUCUGUUUAUUCAACGCCUAUAUAAUAAUCAUUCUGCUGUUAAUUUUAUCUGGAGUGAUAUCAAUUGUUAGUCUUGAAUAUGAACCUAAAGGAGAAAAUACAGCUGAAUCCUACUAAAUGAAACAAUACAUUAUAUACUACAUAUGUAUCCUUAGUGAAUGACAGAUAUUUGGGGAUCAAAAUAUGAUAGAGCGCAGCGUAAGACAGGAUUACCGGUCCUGUUGUCCGUCGGUCCUAAGAACAUUCCAAAUCGGUUUUACAGUUUAGCUAGAUCGUUUAUAUAUUGUUACUGCAUUGUCUAAAACAGAAAUGUUCUUACGAAUUCCAGUUUAAUAAUGAAUUGCGUACAACAUCACAUCCCCGAAUAAUAGUCCUGAAAUGCAUUUGCUAGUUAAGUGGGUCGUAGUAAAUGAUAGAAUGGUAAGCUUCCUGGAUAGCAAAACUGAUGAAAAAUAUGUUAGUAAAAAGUAAGGAAUACCACGCACGUGCCUAAAUACGGUUCGCGGACGGAAUGUAGUUAAGACGUUGUCAUAAGCGGCGCUUCUGGCAGAAAGGCAGAGGAAUCUUUGUUUAGACUCCACUCGUAUAAAUAUAUUCAUAUAUGUAUAUACAUAGAUGGGUUCGCUUCUUCGAAACGUAGACCGACGACAUGAGUCUUGUCGCCGCUGCAGUGCAAUAUGAUCAAUCAAAGGCAACGUAAAUAUAUAUGAUGCAAUGUCGAGGCUCGACUAGUAGCAACUGGCGAUUAACUGGCCUGCCAGUGGGUAUUAUGUACAGUGGUCCAGAAUCAAAAAUACAUCUACUGCAACAAUACAUAUUCUUUACGUUCGUUUUACUCUACCAUUGGAAAUACUUUCAAACAGCGCCCAUUAUUUUCUGAUAACUUGUAGGUUAGCGGUGCCACGCUGCUACCAUAACCAGUGCGACCGGUAAUUCGCUUCUCGACUUUAUCCAGGUUCGAACUUCAACAGCAUCUUUAGGAAUGAGCUGAAAUGGUGUCAGCGGAGGCCUAGGAGCAACAGCUCCAUAUGCCAAAAGAACCGACGCAAAAGGAGUGUUGUUUUGGGAAUCCAUCUCACCUGGGGAAGCCCGACGCGAGAAACUGGACGGUUGGACUGACACCGACUCUGUGGGCUUACCACCUAUCAAUACCGCUUUGAGCCUUAAGCAAUUCUA